AUGAGUGGGCUGCAAGUGGCUUCGUCUUCACGCACGACAAGAUGGAGGCGGUGUUUGCUCUUGCCAAUGAGUGGCUUCAGAGUCCAGAGAGAACCCAUUGAAAUGACACAUUACGGAUUAUUCGCACACAACCCUGAGAUCGACACUAUGAAUGCCAACCGUGACGGCGCAUCGUCUGCAAAAGGCUUUUCCCGCAGCUUGAUCCCCGUCACACGCAACGAAUACUCAAUGCCGGAUUUACGAAAAGUUGUCGAUAUCUUCACGGCCAUGGCCCUUGAGUUCCGCACUUCUGUAAUGAUGCUUGAAGGGUUCGCCUUGCAGGAAGUAGUUGACGUUCCCAUCGACAGCACAGCAGUCCCGAACCGAGAGGGCAAAUUGCUGCUGUCACCGGUUUUGACGUAUCCACGGAACGCAAGUCUCGACGGCGUCGCCCUGGAGAUUGGGAAAAAACAUAAGGGAUGCGGUGUUGGAGGGCACAGAGGUGCAGUAUCAUGCUUAUGUGAAUUACGCCAGGGGAGACGAGAGUAUGGAAGAGAUUUUGAGCAAAGAGAUAGCCCAAGAACAAUCGGUCUAGAAUCAAUUUCGAGAUCAGGUCGACGACAACGACCACAGCUACAACAGCCAAAAAUUCUAGGGUUGAAGAUGGAAAAGAAAGUCUGGCAAUGGCAGCGCACCAUCGACUCACGCAAAUUCAUCGUCUCAUCCCAUCAUACCCCCCUUUUCCAUUCUUUCGUGCAGGAAGCCUUUGCGACGGAAGACAUGUUCUGGGCUACGCCUGUAUCGCCAGCAGCCUUGGAGACGAUGCUCUCCGAAUCUCUUUCGCUCGGUCUCUACGCUUUUGCUGAUGAUGGAGUAGCAAAAGCCAUCGGUAUGGCGCGCUUGAUAACCGACUACACAACGUUUGCCCUCCUCACAGACGUGUACCUGCAACCCGCCUACCGUUCUCUCGGCCUUGGGAAAUGGAUCAUCCACUGCUGUCGCGAAGUAGUGCUCGAGAUGCCCCAUCUGCGCUUCAUGCAAUUGCUGGCUGGCUCGGAGAAGGCCCAGCAACUCUAUCGCCAGGAGCUUGGGAUGCAAAAGCUGGAUGGACGGGAGGAGACGCUAGUCUGCAUGGGGGCGCGCAAAGCCAGACUCGCGGAAGCAGAGGAGAUGCCGCCGGCUCGGAUGAGCUUGAGGCAGGACUGA